AUGGACCUGUGUAACGCGGCAAAACUUGAUACUCUGACAUUUCCGUCACAUUUGUCUCAUUUUCCCGCAGCGAUUGGUCCUCUCCACCUGUUCAGAAGAGAUUUUGUUACCUUGUUUAUUCCGCAUCGUGGUCUCUUAGAAGCCAUCUUAAAUAUGGGAAUCCCAAUGGAAGUGCUGUUCAAGAUAAGCAAUUUCUGGCUUCUCGCAUUCGCCACCGCAGCAUCGCAUCUCGACAGCAAAAUGCUCGACGCAAACAUGGAAUUUGUCGACGACGUCGCAAGGCGAAAGUCUGAACAUCUGCUCAAUUCAGACAUACGGGAUGUUAUCGAGAAAAUUCCCAUGCGUGUACGAUCUCAGAGUUGGUUGAUACGUACCAGACAUCUUCUACAUGAAGAACGGGAACCACCUCCGCUCAUUUCACAUAUGAUGUUCAUCUUUUCAUCAGUAUUGUUUGUGAUGUCAUUUCCAUGGAGUCUGUUCUUUUGUGUAAAAAUCAUUAAAGAAUAUCAACGAGCUGUGAUUUUUCGGCUUGGACGGCUUAUCAAAGGUGGAACCAAAGGCCCUGGGCUAUUUUUUAUUCUGCCAUGUAUCGACACAUGUAAAAUAGUUGAUUUGCGAGUGCUCUCAUUCGAUGUGCCACCUCAAGAAAUUCUCAGUCGCGAUUCAGUUACCGUGUCCGUGGAAGCAGUCAUCUACUUCAGGGUUUCCAACCCGGUGAUUUCAGUAACAAAUGUGAACGAUGCCCAAUUCAGUACUCGCCUUCUCGCACAAACAACACUUCGAAAUGUGCUGGGCACGAAAACGCUGAGUGAGAUGCUGUCGGAACGGGAUGCGAUAGCAAAUAUUACCGAAAAAGUGCUAGACGAAGGUACGGUGCCGUGGGGUGUAAAGGUGGAACGCGUUGAGAUCAAAGAUAUCCGUCUUCCUCAUCAACUCACUCGAAGUAUGGCCGCUGAGGCAGAAGCUGUUCGGCGAGCGAGAGCCGCUGUCAUUCAUGCUGAGGGAGAGAAAAACGCUUCAAGGUGGAUCUCCGAGGCAGCCGAUAUCAUCAGCAACAAUACGAUUUCAGUACAACUGCGUUAUCUCCAGACCUUGCAUCAAGUUGCGGCACAAAGGAACAAUACGAUUGUGAUUCCAUAUCCGAUAGAAGUUGCAAGACGUCUGGUGAAAAAGUAUGGACAAAGAGGAUUUUCAAAAAAGUGAUACAGACUAUAAAAUAAAGACAAUUAUGUACAAUCAAGGAAGCAUC